CCGAAAAGCUCUCAAAGAAGGCCCGGGCCUGCGGGCUUUUUCUCUGCCCGCUCAAUGCCAGGGGAAUAUCAUAUUUAUCCACAGAGAGGGAGGCAAGAGUCUCCCAUGAGACGACUGGCAUCUUUUGAGCCGAGUUGAGCAGAGUUUGAGCAGGUCAUGCAGAGUCGUUUGGACGUUUCCCUGUGAAGCAACCUCCGCAUUGCGACGUUCUGGCGAUAGAGGAAUGACUUCCGCCAUUCCUAAAGCGCUAGUUUGACGUACGCUAUUUGGAAGCAACUCGUAGUAUUCCACCAGUCAGUAUGUCUGCCCUACGCAACGCGUCCAGCAGGGAGUCCACUGCGGCGCCCGUAAGAAGGGUGCUGUUCGCACCGAGUCACCACGAUACAAUAGCAGAAACAUACCACGACGACGAUUGGGACUCGGAGGCGCCCGCUUACCAACGAGACCCCUCGUCGAUACCAUUCGCUUCGCGGCAGCAGCGACCACCACGAUACGACGCACCGCAUUCAGUUACCGAAACUAAUCGAAACGCAGCGAGCGCAACACGGCCGCGCUCAAGAUACCUACGGUUGCCAGGGAGACUGUCCUGCUUGCGGAUAGGAGGACAAGCACGGCGGAGGGCGGAGGAGGUGGCGGAGGAGGCCCGCCGCCUUGAAGAAGCGAUGGAUGAUAUCCCGCCAUACCAACAACAUACGAAUGGCAGCAGAUCUAGACAUGCAGAUCGCGAGCGGAAUGCGCUGCCUAGCCAGGUGUAUCCACUCAUGCUCCACUGCUUGAAUUCGAGUCGGGAGCUGCUGCCUGCGUAUCGGUCGACCGUCACGCUCGUCCUCCCACAUGCACCGCCGCCGUACAAACGGAAAGCGUUGGUGCGGAAGAUCCGGUCGUGGUGGCAAAAGCGGACCGCGGAGCCUCCACAACGCGAGACGGUCGGGGAUUUGGCUUCGGUACGGUCGUUGUGCAGAGAUUGUGCCGGAUACGGAUGUCGGGAAUGUGGUCAUGAGUCGAGGCUUAUGCAGGUCUUUAGCAUAAUGCUGAGUGGGUUUGGUGCGGGGUGGGCCGGGAUGCAUGGGCAGCACAUUUCGAUUUGACCGCAGUUUCCACAUUUUACCAUCAAUCCUGUACUGUACAUAUAUAUAUACCCCCGGUCCAAAGCGCUUGGACACCCAUUCAUUCGGGCGUACAGCAGGAUAGUCAUUCGGGUGUACAUACUUACAUAGUGCUCGGACUUGUAAAUCUGUGAAAACGCUUCAUCCAAAGUUCCAAACCUCCAGGA